GGUGUCUCCGGUCGGCCCGAAGAAAACCCAUUUUUUAUGACGACCCACCGCCCCGUAACCACCCCCUUUCCACGCCUUAUCCAUUAUAUAUUCAAAACUAAAAAUCCCAAACCACAAAACCCACCAUUUCUGCCACCACUAUGUAUAUCCAACACAUCAGUCCGGCCUGUUCCACCACCGUCAACGACGCCCUUUCCCUCCCGCCCGUAACCCAUCCCCUCAGCCCCGAGCUCAUCAAUAUAUCGGCUUCCGGACUGGCCGACCAAAACGGCGGUUGUGGGAACGAUUUGUUGUCUGUCGUUUCGGAGCCGCCGAUGUCAGUGCCGAGGUGGCAGAGGGUGGGGAGAGUUGUCCCGUCAAUGGACGCGGUGGUGAAGGUGUUCUGCGUCCACACUGCGCCGAACUUCUCGCUGCCGUGGCAGAGGAAGAAGCAGUACAGCUCCAGCAGUAGUGGGUUUGUGAUUGGGGGCAGGAUGAUUUUGACCAAUGCGCAUUCGGUGGAUCAUCAUACCCAGGUCAAGCUCAAGAAACGGGGCUCCGACACCAAGUAUUUGGCCACUGUGUUGGCCGUUGGAGCGGAAUGCGAUAUCGCGAUGCUUACGGUGAGUGAUGAUGAGUUCUGGGAAGGGAUUUCACCUGUGGAGUUUGGAGAGUUGCCUGCACUGCAAGAUGCCGUGACAGUGGUUGGGUACCCGAUUGGGGGUGACACAAUCUCCGUGACGAGCGGAGUUGUGUCGAGGAUGGAGAUCCUGCCUUAUGUUCAUGGCUUCACCGAGCUUCUGGGAAUGCAGAUAGAUGCUGCAAUCAACUCUGGAAACUCUGGUGGCCCUGCCUUUAAUGAUAAGGGAGAAUGCGUGGGAAUUGCAUUUCAGUGCCUCAAACAUGAAGAUGCGGAAAAUAUAGGCUAUGUUAUACCAGUACCAGUUAUUAUGCAUUUCAUUCGAGAUUAUGAGAAAAAUGGGGCAUAUACAGGGUUCCCAAUUCUCGGAAUUGAGUGGCAAAAGAUGGAGAAUCCUGAUCUUCGCAUGUCAAUGGGGAUGAGACCUGAUCAAAAGGGUAUCCGUAUUAGAAGGCUGGAACCUACAGCUCCAGAAUCUCAACUGCUAAAGCCAUCUGAUGUUAUUCUUAGUUUUGAUGGGGUUAACAUUGCUAGUGAUGGCACAGUUCCAUUCAGGAAUGGAGAGCGCAUAGGUUUCAGUUACCUUGUCACUCAAAAAUACAUACGUGACAAUGCUCUAAUAAAAGUUCUUCGGAACUUUGAGACACUUGAGUUCAACAUUAAACUUGCAAAACACAAGGAACUCAUCCCAUCACACAUCGAGGGAAAACCUCCUUCCUUUUAUAUCAUUGCUGGAUUCGUUUUCACAGCUGUAUCUGUUCCAUAUCUGCGUUCUGAGUUUGGAAAUAUAUUUGACGUUCCAAUCAAACUGUUAGACAAGCAUUUACAUGCAAUGGCACAGUCUAUUGACGAACAGCUCAUUGUUGUUUCUCAGGUACUUGUUGCUGACAUUAAUAUUGGAUAUGAGGACAUCGUUAACAAUCAGGUUCUUACUUUCAACGGUAUGCCUGUGAAGAAUCUGAAGAACUUGGCCAGCAUGAUUGAGAAUUGUGAUGAUGAGUACCUUAAGUUCGGCCUUGAAUACAAUCAGAUGGUUGUUCUGCAAACAAAAACUGCCAAGGCAGCAACGCUGGAUAUCCUCACGACACAUUGCAUAUCAUCGUCCAUGUCCGAUGAUCUUAAGACUAAAGAGAAUACUUUAGAGGAAGUACAUUCUACGGCCGAUGACCUUAGAGAUACGAUCUUAGAGAAAGUAGAGGCUGUCUACUUGCCUUAAGACUCGAUUCAAAAGUUAGGAGCACACACAGAAGAUCACUUUUCCUUUAGCUUUUUACACAGAUGAUUUUUAGGAUCCUCUUCUAGGAACCAUGUAUAAAACUUAUCCCGACCAAAUUUCCGAGAAGUGAGAUUACGGGAUGAGUUCUUUACUUUCACUUUUAGUCGGAAAAUAUGUGAUA